GUCCAGAGAGUUUAGGUCUGGCCCUAGAAGACCCGACGGGAUUAUCUAAAGGUACUGCUUAAUUGAUGAGUAUCUUGAGAAAGUUUUCCAGUUUCUACUGUGGGGAAGCUGGAAACUGCUUUGGCAGACCUUGAAGGGAGUAGCGAAGGAAUUGCAGCCAUGAAUGAAGAAAGCACGGAUGGGACAAAUGGAUGCAGUAAAGUACGGACUGGCACGCAGAAUGAAGCUGCAUUGCUGGCUCUCAUGGAAAAGACUGGCUACAACAUGGUCCAAGAAAAUGGGCAGAGGAAAUUUGGUGGUCCUCCUCCAGGUUGGGAAGGUCCACCUCCCCCUAGAGGCUGUGAAGUUUUUGUUGGAAAAAUACCGCGUGAUAUGUAUGAAGAUGAGUUGGUUCCUGUGUUUGAAAGAGCUGGGAAAAUAUAUGAAUUUCGGCUGAUGAUGGAAUUUAGUGGUGAAAAUAGAGGGUAUGCUUUUGUGAUGUACACUACAAAAGAAGAAGCCCAAUUAGCCAUCCGGAUUCUUAACAAUUAUGAGAUUCGACCAGGGAAAUUUAUUGGUGUGUGUGUAAGCUUGGAUAACUGCAGAUUAUUUAUUGGAGCAAUACCCAAAGAAAAGAAAAAAGAAGAAAUUUUGGAUGAAAUGAAGAAAGUUACAGAAGGCGUUGUAGAUGUGAUUGUUUAUCCAAGUGCAACAGACAAAACCAAGAACCGUGGUUUUGCAUUUGUUGAGUAUGAGUCACACAGAGCUGCUGCUAUGGCCAGGAGAAAGCUGAUUCCGGGAACGUUUCAACUCUGGGGCCACACCAUUCAGGUAGAUUGGGCUGAUCCAGAAAAAGAAGUUGAUGAGGAAACCAUGCAGAGAGUUAAAGUUCUCUAUGUAAGAAAUCUAAUGAUCUCAACUACAGAGGAAACCAUUAAAGCAGAGUUCAAUAAAUUCAAGCCUGGUGCAGUGGAACGAGUAAAGAAACUUAGAGAUUAUGCAUUUGUUCACUUUUUCAACCGAGAAGAUGCAGUGGCGGCUAUGUCUGUUAUGAAUGGAAAAUGCAUUGAUGGAGCCAGUAUUGAGGUAACGCUGGCAAAGCCGGUGAAUAAAGAAAAUACUUGGCGACAGCACCUUAAUGGCCAGAUUAGCCCUAAUUCUGAAAACCUACUUGUAUAUGCUAACAAGGAAGAGAGUCACUCCAAAACUCUAGGCAAGCCACCAGCUCUUCCCACCCGUCUCAACGGUCAGCAUAGUCCAAGCCCCCCUGAGAUGGAAAGAUGUACUUAUCCUUUCUUUCCUGGAACAAAGCUGACCCCGAUUAGUAUGUAUUCUUUAAAAUCCAAUCACUUUAAUUCUGCAGUGAUGCACUUGGAUUAUUACUGCAACAAGAAUAAUUGGGCUCCACCAGAAUAUUAUUUAUACUCCACAACCAGUCAGGAUGGAAAGGUACUCUUGGUGUAUAAGAUAGUCAUUCCUGCGAUUGCAAAUGGGUCCCAGAGCUACUUCAUGCCAGAUAAACUCUGCACUACGCUGGAAGAUGCAAAGGAGCUGGCAGCCCAGUUCACGCUGCUUCAUCUGGACAGGGAACACAGUCUCUUCAGCCUGGACCUGUGUAGAAGAAUUUGGAGGAAAUAAGCAGGUCCUUUCUGAUGUUGCUUGAGCUUAUUCUCCUGCAGUUGGUCUCAUUCCUGUUCGUUAAACAUUAAGUCCCAUGACAACAUUAAGUUUUAGGCCUCAUAGUGAAUGAUGUUGGAGGGGGAAAGCUUGACCUGUGUAUUAAAUAAUCUUAUUCCAUUUCUUCCAUUGUGAUAAUACCACGGUUUUUAUAAAUGAUCACUUUACAGUCACAGUCACCGCUUUGACUUAUACUGUAGUAAAGAGCAUAGUUGAGUUUUUGGAAAGUACAGGAUCUACAAAUUUGGUCAAUAAAACACACACAUACAGAAUUACUACAAUUAAGGAAGCAGGAAAUUAUUGGUACAUAAGAUGAACAUUUGUUUGAAAUUAAUGUUCCAAAUAUAAUUGUUUUAAUAAUUUGGUUAAUUUUGGAUAAUUUUCUAUACUAUUAAGUUGAUAAUGGUUUUUGAAGUUCAUUUGGUAGAGAUGAUUCAUUUUUCUGUUUAUGGUACCAGUGAGACACUAAUGUUAAAUUGAUGUGUUUGGUUAUAUAAAUGUUUGUGCCAGCAUUUAAAUAAUGAAAUUUUGGACAGUUAGUUUUUACCAGAAGUCUAUGGGCAAAUGUUUACGCUGGUUUGAUGCCUAAUAUAGUUUCCAAAAAAAAAAAGAGAGAGAGAGAGAGAGAAAAGAAACGGAAUUGUCUGUUCUUUUAUCUUUUUCUUUAUGAUCUACCCUUGGUGUCAGAACCACGUUUAAGAGAAGCUUCUUUAUUGAUUAAAGAGAAACCAGAGCUUCUCUCUUCCUGUGUUAAGAAAAAGGUACCCAAGAAGCACGGUAGUAAGUCCUUUCAAGCAGUGCUGCCAGUUGACGGGAGUUAGUGUUUGCACUGCAGUGAGAGCAGCCGCUUUGUUACAGUGUCAUUGGGUAUUUAGGUGUUAGAGCAUUAUGUUAAGAUGUGACUAUUGUUUGAAUGUUUUGUCUUUUGAAUUAAAUUUGUGCCCACAAAGAUGUGCAGCAUAAUUGUUCAUAUAUUUAUUUACAGACUACAGUUUCCGUCGCAGCUCAAUAAAUAGUCU